ACCUCUUACCAGGACCGUCAUCUCGAAGGGAGAAUGUCUGCGAUAUAAUCCCUGCAACACGUCCUGCGCACGCCUCUUUUAUCCUACUAGCCGACGCUUGUUAAAUUCGAUUAUAUUCGACCGACUUUUUUUUCGACCUGACAACGCGAUCAUUCACACUCAUUCCGCAACUAUAAUGAAGAGCUGCUUGAAGUGCACCACCGACGCGCACCACCGCGACAGGAAUUCUCCUCCUCCCGACUCGCCCAGCGAGCAGGGAAGCGACUGCGACGUGCCCAUCAUGGACAGCAUGCAGCGGCGGAAGUCGGUGGCCUUCUGCGAGGUUGGCGAAGAAGACAUAUUCUAUGCGGACGAUUGGGAUCGGUCGCCGGCAGCAAUCACACAACGUCUUACCUACCAAGACGUCUACGAGCUGAAGGAGUUGCGAAUAGCCCUGCCGCGGAUCCAGCUCGCCAGGCGCAAAUCUGAUUCAUGACCACGCACGCUGCCUUCCGCGCAGGCACGCUGAACAGGCCCCAUGGCUUUGCCACAAGCGGGGUACGACGCUGCGCCGUCGUCGCCCUCUGCAUCGCAUCACGCACAGCACGGACUUUGAGCAUAGAGACAUUUUCGGAGGGGGUGGGAAACGGACACUUUUUUGGACUCUCGUAGACGGACUUUGCAAUCUCCCAUCAUCGCCAACGGACACUCACUCGAUCGUUUUGCAGCAUGUUUUCUUGCGGGUGCUGGGCAACUUACCCCAUUUGCAUUUUCUUUUUCGCACUCCAGGUGGAGCUUUCACCUCGUACGCUCGUUGACACUCGUAAUCGCACUCGUACUUUACUACAUAGGCACACACGCAACACAAUUAAUACCUCACGCGUGCAUACGCCGGUAUCCGCGUUGUACCUGUCUUUUUCGUUUACGUACACAUUAAGGAGAU